AUGUCUCGUGAACAUAGCCCUCGCAAUCCGGGGCCCUCGAUGUUCACUGGCGCCAGUGAAGUCGCCAUCGGGGGCGGGACGUUCAAUAACGUUGGCCGCGACAUUAUCAAUGCCAGUACCACCCAUGUGUAUGUAGAAAACCAGCACGUCCAGGGUGCCCCAGAUUUUGGUCAGAGUCGAUUGGAGAUCAUUGCACGCUGGUUGACGCCGAUCAACUUCAAGAGACACCAAAGCUCAACCCUGUCUCGAGCUUUGGCUGGGACUGGGGAAUGGUUUAUCAAGGGAGAGAAGUUUACAGAGUGGGCGGCGAGCGAUGAAGGGCUUUUGUGGGGCAGAGGAAUGCCUGGGGCUGGGAAAACGACUCUUGUAUCUAUUGUGAACCGCGAACUCAAGCAGCAAUAUUCGCGCGACCGUGUCCCUAUCUUAAUGGCCUUCUGCGACUCGAUGGACCAGCAAUACACUCUUUGCGACAUCCUUUCAGCUCUUCUGAGGCAGCUCUUGGAAGACUACAGUGGAAUCCUCGAGGUCAUAGGCGAGCAUUAUAAGCAGCACCUGAACGACGAUACGAGGCCAUCGGAGGAAGAAUUGGCGCGAUGGCUAACCGAUGAGGUCUCCUUGUUCCCCAAGGCCUUUGUAACGAUCGAUGCGCUGGACGGGCUGUCUUCCCAGAAGGACAAAUCGUCGCUCCUCAAGAUUCUCAGGCGCUUGCAGAAGAAUAUCUUUGUCACCUCGAGGGUGGAAGGGAGCAUCCCCAACGCCGUUUUGGUUGACAUCCGAGCGCACGGCGACGAUAUACGGAAGUAUAUCUCGCAUCGGAUACAGGAGGAUCCCGGCUCAGACCUCGCUGACACGUUGGAAGGAAGGGAUGACUUCAAGGAGGAAAUGGUUUCAAGGCUCCAAGUUGCAUCAGCUGGGAUGUUCCUGCUAACGGUCGGACAGAUGGACACUCUUUCAGGCUGUACCACAGUCUCGAGCUUGAGGGAGAAACUCGACCAUCUCCCAUCGAGCGUCGAAGAAAUGUACCAGACCAACUGGGAUCGGGUCCUGUCGCAGGGAGAGGAGAGAGUUCUGCUGGCGAAGCGCAUCAUCGUGUGGUUGGUCAAGGCGAGGGAAGCUGUGACUGUACCUAUGCUUCGGCAUGCGCUGGCGGUGAAGGACAGUCGAGGGGAUAUUGAAUGGAAGUUUGACCUUGAGGAUUCGAUCGUCACUGAAAACACCAUCAAGAAGGUCUGCUGUGGGCUGGUGUCAGUGGUCGAAGCAGAAACGAUGACGAGGACCAUUCAGUUAGUCCAUCACACCGCCAAAGAAUUCUUUGCCUCACGUCUGGGAACAUUUGGCUUCCCGCCAGACAAUUUCCUCGCUGCAACAUGCGUCGGGUAUCUCAUGCAUUGCGGAUUCGAAAACCUCACGUAUGAACAGUGGCAUGGCCCACAUUACUGGCAUUCGAGCGACCUCCCUCCCAAUAAUUCUAUUCGAUGCUGGGACGACUUUCAAGCGUUCGUCAAGCAGCCCAAGUACCCAUUCCUCAAUUACGCCUACCGCCACUGGGCCUUCCACUCCCGAGAGGCCAGUCGGCAUCCACCAGACUUGCCACCGUGGAUUCUCAGCUUCCUUCUUCGCCAGACCAAGUAUCCCAUCGGCCUUGGAGCACCGCCUGACCGCACCGGCAACUGCGUGCCAUGUGGCCUCGCCUCCCCGUUGCAUAUUGCUGCAGUCUAUGGAUGGCACGAGGUCCUCCCAUUCCUCGAUCUCAAUGCGCACCCCACUUCGGGCAGGGGUCACUCCGCGCUUCAUACGGCAUCAUACUACGGACACCACGCUUUCGCCAGUGCUCUUAUCUCUUCGGGCCCGAAGGAUUUGCUCAUGGCGAAGGACUCGAGAGCGCGGACGCCAUUGGCCACAGCAUCGAGCGAGGGGCAUACCGAAAUUGUUGAGCUUCUUCUGGCGCAGCCUGGUUUGGAUCCCAAUUCUAAAGACGACAAAGGUUUCACGCCGCUCCAUAGAGCUUGUAUGCGAGGGCAGACGGAGUGCGUCAGGCUAUUCCUCGCCCAUCCCGAUGUCGAUCACAAGUGCCGAGACAAUACCUGCAGAACACCUUUGGUUUUAGCCGCGUCCUGGGGCCACAGCGAGACGGUGAAGGUAUUGCUGGAGGACGAGAGGCACAGAGCGCAGUUGCACUGGAGGUCCCAUUCAAAAUGGACCGCGCUUAUGUACGCCAUUGAGUUUGGCCACGAGGGAACCGUAGAUCUACUUUUGAAGGCGGAUUCGCAAAAGCUCAGGCACUUUCAGGCUCGAGACGGAUGCGGAAGGACUGUGCUCAUGAAGGCAGUUCGAAAAUGCAUCCACGGCGGAGCAGACUCGGAGGAGCACAGGUGGGGGAAAGAGAACCGCGCAAAGGCGAGCGGGUACAAGGCCAACGACGACACCCAACCCACGUCACAACAGGAUUCUCGCAUUCGUAUCGUUAAACUUGUCCUAGACGCUGUACCUUCUGGUUCUUGGGUCAACGUCAAAGACAAGUUCCAAAGUACAGCUUUGAUGGACGCGGCGUAUUGGGGGCGUGCCGACUUGGUCAAGCUUUUGCUCGACCACCCCUGUAUCGACGUUGGCGUCCAUGACCAAAACUGCGAUACUGCAUUACAUCUCGCAACCCGGCGUGGAUGUCUUCCAACUAUCGACGUCAAUGCCAAGGAAAGGAAGAGUAGGGAAACGGCGGUGUUUCACGCGGCUAAACAAGGCCUGAUCGAUUCUAUGGAAUGCCUCCUCACCCAUCCCAAUAUCAAUGUCAAUGUCCGGUGUACUAGCGGUCUUCAAACCCCACUGAUCGUAGCCUUGGAUAGAGGCCAUUUGGAUUGUGCCGUGCGCCUGUUAAAUCUCGAAGGAGUGGACGUGAUGCUUACCGACGCCGAAGGACGGACUGCGCUGAUGUACGCGGCUGUGCGCGGGUCUGUGGGCCUUGUAAAGGAACUCGUGAGGAAGGGUGCACAUGUGAAGAAGGCAGACCGAGAUGGAGGGACGGCGUUAGUGUACGCAGUUGAAGAGGGUUUCGUAGAGGUUGUGAAGGAGCUCAUCAGGGGGUGA